AAUUCUAUUAACAAAUGUCGAGCUCAAAGCAAGCGUUUGAAUCACGGUUUUCCCCCUUAUCUGUUGUCGGCCUGUAAAUAUGUAGAACUGAUAUUUGGGCAUCCGGUGUAUAUAAGUCGCAGUGAUUAAAUAUUUUUUUGAGUUUCAAUAGAAUUCUGGAAAAGUGCAGAAGUCAGACAGAUUGCUGGUGUACAAAUAAAUAAAAAAACAAACAGAUAUACAAAGCGAUUUGCAGGACGUGCAACAUUAGUGAAUAGAAUGACGUCAUUACAGUUUUACUUUGUUUUAGCCAUAACAACCGUUUUAGGCACAACCUCUAUUAAUAUGGCCAUGGCCGAUACAACCGCACCUUCGUUGGCGGCCAGCCAUAAUCUCUUUGCCGCGGAUAUAUUUCAAAUUAUUGCCCCCGCACGAUCCCAAGAAAACGUGGUUUUUUCACCGGCGUCCAUACAAAGCAGCCUGGCGCUCGCCUUUCUCGGCGCCGAGGGCGAAACUGCCCAACAAAUUCGACAUGGCCUACGAUUGCCAGCAGCUCUGGAUAAGACUAGCAUAGCGGACGAUUAUGCUGGCUUUCUAAAGAAGAACUUCCAGAGGAAUCAGUCAACAUCGGAAAAUGCGCCAACGCUGCGUAUGGCCAAUCGUAUCUACGUCAAUGAUACUCUGCAAUUGGCGCCGCAAUUCAAUCAUCUCGCCAAGAGUAGGUUUGACUCCGAGGCGGUACCUACGAAUUUCGCUGAUUCGGCUAAUGCCGUUAAAUCUAUUAAUAUGUGGGUUGAGCAUCAAACAGAGGGAAAGAUCAAAAAUGUGUUACAGUUGGUGAUCUCUGAUGCUAGCGCCAUAUUGGUAAAUGCAAUCUAUUUCAAGGCUAAGUGGCUGAAACCCUUCAGUAAAAUGUCAACAUACAAUGCCGAGUUCAGGAUGAGCGGAGGACAGACAGCAACAGUGGCUAUGAUGAAUUCGGCGGAAUUCGUGAAAUAUGGCGAAUUACUCGAUUUGGAUGCGACAGCUAUUGAACUGCCCUACAAGGAUUCGGACCUCUCAAUGCUGAUACUUUUGCCCAACAAAGUUGAUGGACUACAGGAAUUGGAACAGAAAUUGACAAAUGUGGACUUAAAUCUUAUUGCCACGAGAAUGGAAGCAGAAACCAUAUAUAUAUGUUUGCCAAAGUUUCGCAUCGAAUUGGAUAUUGACUUGAAGAAGCCGCUGCAGGAGCUGGGCAUGGUUAACAUGUUUAGUGACGCAGCUGACUUCAGUAGUCUUUUUUCCAAUAGUCCAUUGCAAAAGAUUGACGAAGUUAAGCACAAAGCUUUCCUGGAUGUGAAUGAGGCUGGCUCAGAGGCGGCUGCGGCGACAUUCAUGAAAUACAGGACCUUCAGUAUGAAAUUGGACACGAAACUCUUUAUAGCCGAUCAUCCAUUUGUAUUUGCGAUUAGAAACAGGGAAGCCGUGUACUUUGUUGGACAUGUGGCGAAGUUCUAAGAAUAAACCUGCUAUUGUCUUUUUGCAUUAAUCUAAUAAAGUAAAAUUAAAAU